AUGAUUGCCGACGAGGGUCAUCAUAGCUUCUUUGAGGAGGCUUUCUUUGCCAACCGGUCCCGCGAGGAGCCUUUUGAGCUUCUCUACGGCGACGAUGACGACAACACCACGUACCUGAUAGACCAUUUUGAUCAUGAAGGCGACUUGGGCGUGGAUGAGGACGAUGACGCCUCCAUUCAGCGCAACUCCAGGUCGGAACCCAUUGUUGACCCCAUCCUUCCUCAAGGGGACGGGGUCGGAAGUGUAGCAGACUCCUCCUUCUUUUACCCGGAGGACGUCAGUGAUGUCGCCCACCAAGUCGUCACUCGGCACCUGGUAUAUACGCCAUCCAAUUGCAAUAUCCCCAACGCUUCUCCCGAGUCUGGGGCUGAUUCCCAGGACAACAACCUUGUUACCCGAGACGAUGCUCUUUCAUUCAUUGACGGCACUAGCACAGAGCUGGACAAUCCCCUUUCUGUUCAUGUCCCGUCCACGAACAUCAACAGCAAUCACGCAGUGGACGCUGCUGCAGACUUACCCGAACCUGUUUUGGCCUCCUCUGCGCUCCAUUCUCAUGAGGUCAGGACAUCGCAACCGUCACUCGAGGAGAGCCAUCCCAGCAACGACAUGACCUACAGUCCUGCUCCAUUGAACCCUUCCACUGUUGCACUUCCCAGCAUCGAAGUAGUCUGCCAAAAGCUCGCUUCACUCGAUAUCAAGAACAACUCCGACAGGCCCGUUGCAACUGAAAACAGCACAAAAUCCGUCCCCGCCUGCUUUCGGUUGCCCAUUCGUCCGUCAGGCCGCUGCAGUGUCAUCAGGACCAUCAACGGGUUCCGACUGCACUGCCCGUGCCCUGUCUAG